AUGUUUGUUUCGAUCCAAAAUGCAAAUCAAAGGCUAGGAGAGACAGCAGUGUGAAACAAAGCACGUAUUCCGAAGGUUUGACCGGCUUUUAAUUAGCUAAUGUUUAAAUGUACUUUUCGCACGACGGGGCAGCGUAAUGGCGGCCGUCUGUUUUUGCAUUUCAAGUCAUUGUUGCUAGCUAAUAAAAGGGACAGGGAGUGUUUGAAUGUCAGCUAAUGUUAGCAAUCGAAGACGUUAAAAAAUGGCGACACGAAACAUCUCGAAUAAACCGCGUUAGCCGCCGCGGGCUAAUGCUACAUAGCUAGGCGUUAGCUAGGUGUUAGCUAGGUGGUUUGCGCGUCCCCGCCUCGCGCCGCCACGGAGCCGUGCGGGUCCGCUUCCACGUCUCCUCCGCGGAGCCGUGCACGCUGCCAGCUGGGCUAGGCCACGUCCUCCCAGGGCCGACGUUCAUUGGGCGGACUGCGGGGGGAAGAUGCCCAGUAUGCGGAAGGAAGACGACGACGGGGUGUGAAGACCAAAAAAGAGAUGCGAGGACGUUUGAUGAGACAUGUUCGCGACAUGAACACUCACGCCGUGGAAAUCCUCUCGUCGGGCCACAAGGUGAGCAACCCGGAGUGACACUUUUUUUUUUCAAAAGUCCCGUUCGGAAAUGAUCGGCUUCGGCGGAAACCGACGCGGAGGCCGCCUCCCUUCCUUCAUUCUCAUCUUCCUUAUGGCGAUUAUCGCCAUCCUGGCCUUCAACUACUGGACGGUAUCCAGCAAACACGGACGCUUGCUGGACGAGCUGGCGGAAGUGCAGUCCCGGGUGAAGCGCACGGACGCGGCGAGGAGCCGGUUGGAGAAGCGGAACUCGGAGCUGAUGGUGCAGGUGGACACGCACAGGAAGCAGAUGGAGCAGAAGGAUGGAGACUACGUCGUGCUGGAGGGGAAGCUGCAGGCCCGAGACGCGCUCGUUAAAAAGUGCACGGACGAAAAGGCGAAGCUGCAGGGUGAUGCCGCUGUACAAAUGAAGGAAAUCCAGAGGCUGAAAGAGCAGCUGAAUGAGUUGAAGCAGGAGUUUAUGAAGCAAGAAAGGGAGCUAAGCGAGGUGAAAGGCAACAGAACCACCUUGGAGAAAAAGCUGGAAUAUGAAAGCUUAAAGUGUGGUCAUCAGAUUGCACAGUUAAAAAUGGAGUACGACGAAUCAAAGAAGAGUCUGGAAGAAGCUGUGAAGCGACGACAGAAUGCUGUUGACCGUGCAGCAGUGGUUGGAAGACAUGCCGAAGGAGGCGCUGGUGUGCAGUUGACUGAAGAGCGCCACACAGUGGCCACCCACCAUCGCGAGGGUCUAGAUUUAAAAGACGUCAUGGGUAAGCCAGGCAGCGAUGCUGGUAUGCCCGGUAUUGAAGACAGUGAGGUGGGAAAACUGGAAGAAGUGCAAUUUGAAUUAAAAAAGCCAGCCAUCACUCAGACGAAGCAUGAUGAAGUCCCAGAUGCGGUUGUGGGCGCCGGCGCCGGACCUGGUGAUGGUCCGGGGGGGCAGGGCUUAGCUCUUGACCAGCCCCGCCUCCAGCAGGACGUAGCGGAAGGCCAGGCAGCCGCGAUCGCCCCUCCGGCCAACAAGCGGAUGGCGUUUGAAGAAGACAACAAAGCUGAUAUCAAAGCAGACGAGCUGGGUGAACAGCAGAGGCAACUUCGAGCCCCAGAUGUCAAAGCUGAGGACGAGCACUUGAAAGGUAUUCCUGCCCAGGUACCCAACCCCAUCCAGCCGCACCGUGCCAAAGACCAGGUCCCAGCAGGGGCACGUCACCGUCACCAAAGCCGGUUCUUUGAUGAGAUCGAGUCCCCCGUAGAUCCGCAACAUGGCUCUAAGCUAGCGGACUACAAUGGGGACGAUGGCAAUGUGGGCGAGUACGAAGCCGACAAGCAGGCCGAGCUGGCCUACAAUGAGGAAGAGGAUGGUGAUGGUGGGGAGGAAGACGUUCAAGAUGAUGACGAUCGAGACAUGCAAGGAGAUCGGGCUGUGGAUUACGGAAAGCGACGUCAAGUCAUGGACGUUCUUUAAAUGGGGAACUUUGUACAGCCGGAUGCCACAUUCAAACACAUUUUUUUGUCUGCAACUCGGCUCUUCGGACUUCAAUAUGAAUCAGAAUUUACGGCUUGCAUCCUUCAUAUUGUGGACAUGUUUUUUUUUUGUUUUUUUUUUCCCCUCAACCGAUAACUACUGAUGUAUUUGAAUCAUGUAACCUAACAAUACAAUGAAAUAACUCCUAGGCUGAUGUUUGUUUUUGGCCAUAAAAAGGUAAGCUAGGACAAUGUAUGGUGUUCUGGAUACAGACUAUUUUUGCUUUGCGAUCGGGUGCUGCAGUUCAUACCUGAGCUGAAUUGAUGUGAUUUUUAUUUUUUUUUCCUUCACUUAGAAAUAAAACAUUUCUUCUGAGAUUUAUCUUAUCAAAGCGGCUAAUUGGACGGUUGGACUUUUCUACCAUAAUGUUUGGACAUAAUGGUGUUUUGUGUUUACAGGGGGGUGGAUAGGCUUUUGAAAUGCCAAGGAUUUUACCUUUUUUUUAAUUUUUUUUUUUUAUUAUUCAACACUCAGAGCCUGUUAUUUUGUGUUUUGUAAAUUGAUAUGCAUGUGCCAUGCCAUUUGUCUUUGAUCAUACUGGAAAAAAAAACUUAACCAAAAACAUCUCCAUCUGUGAGAUACAUCUAGUUUAACUACUAGUAGUACUGUAAUAAUUAAACACAGUGAUUCCCAACAUGGAAACAUUUUAUUAAAAAAAAAAAUGCAUCUUUUCCCAGUCAUUUUGCAUUAAGCCAGACAAUUAAAUGGUACCACUACAACUGGGAGAUAAUAUCUUAUGGUAAUGGUUUUAUUUCAUUAUUUAAUUUUGAACAUGCAUCAGAUCCUACCCCUUCAUGUAACUGUUACAUUUGUUCACUUCCUGCUUUCCAUAAUACAAUUUAAGUUUUUUUUUGUUUUUUUUUUAAUAAUGUCCCUACAAUGACAUAAUGGGUACCAUAGUAAGUGUCAAUAUAGUGAUAUAUAUAUGUAUAUAUAUAUAUAGCACAUCAUAACUGGUUCAAAACUCUUCAUCCUUGUAUUUAGCAAACAUCAACUGCUUGUAUUGGCUCAUCGUUGUGCAUUGUUUGAUUUCCUUACUCAAUCCAUUCCAUAGUUUGAUGCGUUUUUUAACGCCACAUAACUUAUGGCAGAGCUGUGCCAAAAUUUAUAAAAUUAGGGGAAUUACAUAACAUUAGUCCCUAUUGUAUGACAGAAAAAGGUUGGGAAACACUGGUUUACAACAUAUAAUCAUACAGACUGGGGAUGCUGAUUUCAAUAAUAUGACAUUGAUUUAUACAAGGUAUGUCCAUUCAUGGCACAUUGAAUGUAAUUUGUUUUUUAUUAAAGGCUUUGCUUCGUG